GGCGCGCUGCGCGCUGGGAGCGGAGCGGCCCGCGGAGGCCGGAGGGCUGCGGGGCCGGGGCGGCCGGGGCGCGGGGUGUGCGGGCGGCGCCAUGAACGCGGCCGUGGUGAGGCGCACGCAGGAGGCGCUGGGCAAGGUGAUCCGGAGGCCGCCGCUGACGGAGAAGCUGCUCAACAAGCCGCCGUUCCGCUACCUGCACGACAUCAUCACCGAGGUGAUCCGGGUGACCGGCUUCAUGAAGGGCCUGUACACGGACGCUGAGAUGAAGUCCGACAACGUGAAGGACAAAGAUGCCAAAAUGAGCUUCCUGCAGAAGGCCAUCGAGGUGGUGGUGUUGGUGACCGGGGAGCCACUGUCAGUCAGGCCCGCCCGCAUUGUGGCCGGCCAUGACCCCGAGAGAACCAACGAGCUGCUCCAGGCCAUUGGGCGCUGCUGCCUCCACCAGCUGAGCAGUGACGAGGCUGUGAAGAGAGUGUUAGCCGGGGAAAAGGGGGACGCCCGAGGAAGGCCGCCCGUGUCCUCCAGGCCGCAGGAGGCUGACGGCAGGAGUGGGAGCACGCGGGAGGACGGAGAGCGAGGGCGCCAGGACGGGGAGGAUAGGAGGGCCCCGGAGGCCGGUGAGGCCAGCCCCGGCCGAGAGCACAGGCGGAAGGAGGAGCCGAGGGAGGAGAGCCGCGCGCGGGAAAAGCCCAGGGACGGCGACCGUGAGAGGCACAAGGAGGCUGAGAGAGAGCGCGAGAGGACGAGGGCCCGGACCCGGACGGAGCGGGCCAAGGACGGGGACCGCGAGCGGGAGCGCAGGAGCGAGGGCGGGCGGGAGAAGGAGCGGUGGAAGGACCGGGACCGCGAGCGUGAGCGGGACAAGGGUAGGGACAGGGACCGGGACCGGCGGCGGCUCAGGAACGGGGAGCACAUGCGGGACCCUGACCGGGAGAAGAGCAGGGAGCACGACCGAGCGGACAAGAAGUCUGCAGGCAGCGGGGAGACGAGCAGGAAGCUGCUCGACGGGGCCUUCAAGGAUGGCCAGGCUGACCCCGAGGCCGAGCCGUCCAGCAGGGCGUCCAGGACCAUGGUCACUAAGGCGUCAAAGCGGCUUCCCAAGAACUCCCUGGAAGGAAGGAAGGAAGCUCUUAUCUCAGCUAAAGUCUUAGAUCCCAUAGCGCGCGGAGGGAGGCACGGAGCAGAGCAGGAAGUGGCAGCUCCAAAGAUAGGGCCUGCGGAUGUCGAUGGACACUCACCCAGUGUUCCCGAGAGCCACCCGGCCAGCCUGUGGCCCGGGAACUCCGAACCAGAGGCCACAGAGAAGCAGAAAGGAGACUCCCCGAGCGACGCAGCGGGCGCGGCUGUGCCGGGGAAGCCCGAGGCAUCCGAGAACCCAGAGGCGCCCACUGAGCUGACUUCUGCUGUCAGAAGGAUAGCUCGUCCGGGGAGCACCCGGCCUGCUCCACCCCGGGUCCGACGGCAGGAUAGCGCCGAGGUGCCGACCGCCGACAGGGCUGGAAACGGGAAGACCGUCUCCAACGUGAUCGUCGACAGUCAGGGCGCCGACAGCGAAGAUGACGAUCAGUUCGUGGUGGAAGCUGCCCCCCAGGGCUCCGAGCUGGCUGAGCUGGAGUCGGGACCGGCCAUGGAACUGAAGGAGGACGAGCGGCACGGGGGGCUCGUCAAAAAGAUCCUGGAGACCAAGAAGGACUAUGAGAAGGUGCAGCAGCUGAGGCCCGGCGAGAAGGAGAAGUCGCUUGUCUUUGAAUCCGCGUGGAAGAAGGAGAAGGACAUUGUCACCAAGGAGAUCGAGAAGCUUCGCACCUCCAUCCAGAGCCUGUGCAGGAGUGCACUGCCCCUGGGCAAGGUCAUGGACUACAUCCAGGAGGACGUGGACGCCAUGCACAACGAGCUUGGCCUGUGGCGCCAGGAGCGACGGCAGCACGCAGAGGCCCUGCAGAAGGAGCAGAGCAUUACCGACAGCGCCGUGGAGCCACUGAAGGCAGAGCUGGGGGAGCUGGAGCAGCUCAUCAGAGACCAGCAGGACAAGAUCUGCGCCGUGAAGGCCAACAUCCUCAGGAACGACGAGAAGAUCCAGAAGCUGGUCUACACCCUGAGCGCCAGACGCUGAGCGUCCUGGGACCCCCGUUACCCGCCAUAAAUCGCUCCUGCAGACACAGGUGUGAGGCGUCUCUUUGCGGGGCUCUUGCGUUUCCGUGCACGUUGGCCCCAGGUCGCACUGGUGGCGCACACAGAGGGCAGCUUCCGGGUCUGGCCGGCCAGCGACGGAGGCGCAGGGAGCGUCCACUCCCUGGGAGGAGCGUGCACACUUUCUUGUCCCUGAAGGUCAUGUCCACUCAGUUUCCAGGAGCUUUUCCCGACUGGCCCCUCUUCCCUCUCGCUCGGGUUUCUGUCACCAAGUAGAGAGCGUAGCCGAGUGGACAGUGUCCAGGCUGUGGCUGUCAGGGACUGCAGUUCCCUUUCCCUGCUGGGCCCAGGGCCCCCUUCAGAGGCACAGGUGCACCCCAUGCAGGAACCCAGUUCUCUGUAAGAGCUUUUUUGCCCAGUUUUGGGGUUCACCCUCGGCACCCCGACACAGGUGGUCCAGGGCCACUUGUUCCUGAAAGGAUGUUCUGAUCCCCAACAUGUUUUAUGUUACCAUUUUUGGGGAAAUUGUUUUUUAAAGCAAAGAGUCUUUAAAACCUGGUUUUUGUUUCCUUUUUCCCAUGUCUGAUACUGUAAGUGCCGGUUCUGGCCUUCACUGGUGUUGGGGACCCCACCACGCAGAUCCCUGAUGGACCUGACUCUUCCGUUUUUCCAUCUUGCUCAUCAGAGACCAAAGCUGACAUGUUAAGUGUUUGGAUGAUCCCAAAAUAUUUUGUUGAAGGAUCACCACAAAUGGCAUGAUUUAGUUUCUUUUCCCGUGGCGAGGGGGGUCCCUGGCAUUGCUCAGGGGGUCCCGCCUCACACUGCUGGGAGCCCCAUGCUCGUCAGGGUCUGGAAUUAAGGCUCUGCAUGUGGGCCUGCGACCCGCCCGGCAGUUCACGAGCAAUUGCCCAAGUCUCGCGCCAGGAAGCUAGUCUCUCCUCAGCACCCGCACAGCCCCGCCACCUGCUGUGUUGCGUGAGCCCCGCACGCUCAGCGCGUGUGCACAGCAGUCUGCACCAGUUGCUUCCAGUUAAAGCGCCACUUUUCGUGAAUUUGUAUCUGUGCUAGAACUUUUGUGUUUCCAAAAAAAAUGACACACAUUGUAUGCCAGUAAGAUUUUGUAUGAAGUAGUCUGUCAAAUCGUAUCAUAAAGUUUAUUUUUGUUUUAUACAUGAAUCAUUAAAGAUGAUUACGUAUUUUUUCUCUAA